CCAGAGAAGCAACACCGAGCGGAGCCCUUGUGUUUCUUUCAAAAACAACAAACGGUCGGUUAGUGAGUUUUGUCGCUCCUACCUGUCAAGUGUGUCGGACGAUAGCAACUUGCAGUGGCCGUCUUUCAAGCCUCGUCACCGGCGAGAGGAGACGCCGAGCUUCGGCGCCACCUGAGGCCAUGGCGAGCGAGGAGACCUCCGCCACGCCGGGCAACGUGGCUCUCAACCCCGCCGUGCCCAUUCGGGGCAUCCGCAUGAAAUUUGCCGUGCUGACCGGUCUGAUGGAAGUCGGGGAAGUGUCCCACCGGGACGUCGUGGAGACCGUCUUCAACCUGCUGGUCGGCGGACAGUUCGACCUGGAGAUGAACUUCAUCAUCCAGGAGCCUGACAGUAUCGUGUGCAUGGUGGAGCUCUUGGACAAGUGUGAGCUCACCUGCCAGGCCGAGGUGUGGAGCAUCUUCACCGCCAUCCUCAAAAAGAGCGUUCGCAACCUGCAGGCGUGCACCGACGUGGGCCUCAUCCAGCUGGUGCUGCAGCGCGUGUCGGCCACUGACAGCAUGAUCGCAGACCUGCUGGUGGACAUGCUGGGCGUGCUGGCCAGCUACAGCAUCACGGUCAAAGAGCUGAAGCUGUUCUUCAGCAAGCUUCAAGGAGAGAAAGGCCAGUGGCCUCGUCAUGCAGUGAAGCUUCUGUCAGUGCUAAAGUACAUGGCUCACAGGAAUGGACCUGACUCCUUCUUCAGCUUCCCCGGGAAAAACGCUGCUGCCAUAGCUCUUCCACCUAUUGCAAGGUGGCCAUACCAGAACGGCUUUACAUUCCAUACGUGGCUGCGCAUGGACCCUCUCAACAACAUCAAUGUGGACAAAGACAAGCCUUACCUCUACUGUUUCCGCACCAGUAAAGGCCUCGGCUACUCGGCACACUUCGUGGGCGGCUGCUUGAUCGUGACCUCGUUAAAGUCCAAGGGGAAAGGAUUCCAGCACUGUGUGAAGUUUGACUUCAAGCCGCAGAAGUGGUACAUGGUGACCCUGGUGCACGUCUACAACCGCUGGAAAAACAGUGAAAUUAGCUGCUACGUCAACGGAGAGCUGGCCUCCUUCGGGGAGAUCGCCUGGUUCGUCAACACCAGCGACACGUUUGACAAGUGCUUCCUGGGCUCCUCCGAGACGGCGGACGCCAACCGUGUCUUUUGUGGCCAGAUGGGGGCGGUCUAUUUAUUUGGAGAGGGCUUGAAUGCCGCUCAGAUCCUGGCCAUCUACCAGCUGGGUCCAGGUUACCAGGGCACGUUCAAGUACAAGGCCGAGAUUGACUUGCUGUUCGCGGAGCACCACAAGUCCCUGCUGUACGACGGCAAGCUGUCCUCCUGCAUCGCCUUUGCCUACAACCCUCGCGCCACAGACGCCCAGCUCUGCCUGGAGUCCUCCCCGAAGGACAACGCAUCCAUUUUUGUCCAUUCGCCACAUGCGCUCAUGCUCCAGGAUGUGAAGGCGGUGGUGACUCAUUCGGUUCAGAGCGGCAUACACUCCAUCGGCGGAGUGCAGGUCCUCUUCCCACUCUUUGCACAGCUGGAUUUUUGCCAGCCCUCCAGCCACGAGCUGGACACCUCUGUCUGCUGCACGCUGCUGUCCUUUGUCAUGGAGCUCCUGAAGAACUCUGUGGCUAUGCAAGAGCAGGUUCUGGCCUGCAAAGGCUUCCUGGUCAUCGGGUACACUUUGGAGAAGUCCUCCAAGGUCCACGUGACGCGGCCCGUCCUGGACAUCGUCCUGGCCUUCUCCAGAUACCUCAGCAACUUGCAGAACGGCAUCUUGUUGCUCAAGCAGCUGUGCGACCACAUUCUGUUCAACCCUGCCAUUUGGAUCCAUGCCCCUGCCAAGGUGCAACUCAGUCUGUACACGUACCUGGCCACGGAGUUCAUCAGCACCGUGACCAUCUACAACGCCAUCCGCAGGGUGGGCACCGUGCUGCAGGUCAUGCACACGCUCAAGUACUACUACUGGAUCGUCAACCCGCAGGAUCGCAGCGGAGUCGUGCCCAAAGGCCUUGACGGCCCGAGGCCCACCCAGAAGGAGAUACUGUCUUUGCGAGCCUUUCUGCUUUUGUUCGUCAAGCAGCUCAUAAUGAAGGACCACGGUGUGAAGGAGGAUGAGCUACAGAGCAUCCUCAACUAUCUCCUCACCAUGCAUGAGGAUGACAAUCUAAUAGAUGUGCUGCAGUUGUUGGUGGCAAUGAUGUCUGAGCACCCAGGAUCCAUGGUGCAGGCCUUCGACCAACGCAACGGCAUUCGAGUGAUUUACAAGCUUUUGGCCUCCAAGAGCGAAGGAAUACGAGUACAGACGCUCAAAGUGUUGGGUUACUUCCUGAAACAUCUGACACCCAAGAGGAAGUCCGAGGUCAUGCUGAGUCAGAGCCUUUUCUCUCUGCUCACGGAGCGCCUGACGCUCCACGCGGACCAGUUCUCCAUGACGACCUACAACGUGCUCUUCGAGAUCCUCACAGAGCAGAUCUGCACACAAGUGAUCCAUAAACAACAUCCAGACCCGGACUCCAGCGUGAAGAUCCUCAACCCGCAGAUUCUGAAAGUCAUAGCCGCCUUGCUAAAAAGCUCCCCGUCGUCGCCUGAGAGCAUGGAGGUGCGCAAGGUGUUCUUGUCCGACAUGAUCAAGCUGUUCAACAACAGCAGAGAGAACCGCAGGAGCCUGCUGCAGUGCUCGGUGUGGCAGGACUGGAUGCUGUCGCUGUGCUUCAUCAAUCCACAGAGCAGCGAGGAGCAGAAAGUCACGGAGAUGGUGUACGCCGUCUUCCGCAUCCUGCUCUACCACGCCAUCAAGUACGAGUGGGGCGGCUGGCGGGUCUGGGUAGACACUUUGUCCAUCACACACUCCAAGGUCACCUUUGAGCAGCACAAAGACAGCCUGUCCCGCAUGUUCCGCCAGUACCAGUCUGCGGGGUCUCUGGGAAACAUCCGAACCGUGUCUGGAGUCAGCCAGAGCUCAGAGACCACGGUUUGUGUGAACGGACAACCACCAGAGGGCACGCCCCCGUCCACCGUCAUCGAGCUCACAGUGGCCACAGAGCCUUCCGCUGACCCGUCUCCUGGAGAGGCGUCCAUCACUGUUUCCAAAGUGGUGGAGGACGAGCAAAAACUGGCUCUGGAGGCUUCUGAUGAACAAGCUGAGGUUCAGGUUGUGGUCGAUGAACAGGACGAAAGUGCAAACCAACAAGUGGUUCCGCAGACUGAUGAUAACGGCACACAAAAACUCGGAACAGGUGACGAAGAGCUGGAGAACGAUGUGGACAACAAACAAAGGUCUGCGUCCGAAGACCCUUCAGAUGAAGUAGACUCAGCGACUCCGGUGUUGUCGGAAGAAGUUGGCAACAACGACCAAACGUCCCCGGAGCCCGCCACCUCUCUGGACAACAGCGCAGUGGGCGGUGCCUCUGUAUUCAACGAGGAUUUGGUUGAUGUGUCCUCUGUUAGCGACAGCCAAGAGGAGUACUCGUAUACCUCGGCUGCGGCCGAAGACCAAGUGGCGGCGACGGUAAAGGAGGAAGAGGGAAAAGGAGGAAAUGACGGACAAGAUGUGAAGGAAGAAGACAAAGAAAAGCAAAAGACUGUCGUCCAGGAAACCAAUGAAGAAGGUCAGAGUGUAGAGGCCGCACCAGGUGACACACCAGAACCAAAUGUCACAGAGCCACAGAAAGAACCAGUCCAAGAAGAGUUGUCGGACCAGCAGCCCUCAGCGCCCUCUACUGACCAGGACUCAGCUGAGGUCUUGUCAUCCCUCUCGGACGCCACAACCACCAGCACUGCUCCCGCUACGGUGGACGUUCCAUCCAAGGGCCCGGUGGCAAGCACUGCCGUCCAGAAGACCAAAGAGGUCAAGAUAGCCCGACUGGAUGUGGCCAACGUGGCUUUAGACACCGAGAGGCUGGAACUGAAGGAGACGCACACAACGGAGACAAGCCAAGGACAAGCGGCAGCCACCGCAGGUCCCUCGGGCCAGCCGAGAGAGAGUGGAACCUCAGCGCCGCGGUCCACCAUGUUCCGCAUCCCAGAGUUCCGCUGGUCCCACAUGCACCAGCGUCUCCUCACGGACCUGCUGUUUGCCAUCGAGACAGACGUGCAAAUGUGGAGGAGCCACUCCAGCAAGACGGUCCUGGACUUUGUGAACAGCGCCGACAACGUGGUGUUUGUGCACAACAGCGUGCACCUCAUCUCCCAGGUGGUGGACAACCUGGUCAUGGCCUGCGGAGGCAUCCUGCCGCUGCUCUCCGCCGCCACCUCCUCCUCCCACGAGCUGGAGAACAUCGAGGCGUCCCAGGGCCUGACGCUGGAGGCUGCCGUCACCUUCCUGCAGCGCCUCGUCAGCCUCGUGGACGUGCUGGUCUUCGCCAGCUCGCUCAACUUCACGGAGAUCGAGGCGGAGAAAAACAUGUCGUCGGGCGGCAUCCUGCGCCAGUGCCUCCGCCUCGUGUGUGCCAUGGCUGUGAGGAACUGUCUGGAGUGUCAGCAAGCACACUUGAAGCACACCCAAGAAUGCAACGCCGCCCUUCCGGCCAAAUCUGUGUCGGCACAGAGUCCAGUGGAUGCCGUCACAGGCGGACUGUCUCCGGUGCGAGACUUUGAGCGACUGCUACAGGACAUGGACAUCAACCGCCUCAGGGCUGUCGUCUUUAGAGAUAUUGAGGACAAUAAGCAGGCUCAGUUUCUGGCUCUGGCCGUGGUCUAUUUCAUCUCCGUCCUCAUGGUGUCCAAGUACCGCGACAUCCUGGAGCCCCACAAUGACAAGAAACACGCUCAGAGAUCACAAUCUGGCAGGAGCACAGAUGUCGGUGCCUGUUCUGCCGCGAUGGAAACGGAGAACGGCGUCUCCCUCCGGCGAUACGAUUCUGGUAUCGUUGACGACCACACCUCGACCGCUGUCAGCGAGGCCGAUCUCUCAUCCUCGCUCGCGACCCACGGCGGCCCGGACGCCAUCUCGGAGGCCCUGUCCACGCUGUCCUCGGAGGUCAAACCCACCGCCGGGCACGGCGACGCCAAGGGCAAAAACGUGAAGGACAUCCUGCGCAGCCUAGUGAGCGGCACACCCGAUGACCUGGCGGUGGAUCCAAGCCUGCUGCCUCCAGCCUUUCUAGGAGGGCUCAGCGACAUCGGAAAAGACUCCCUGCAGAUUCGCUCCUUUGACAGGAGCGUGGUGCUCGCGCCCAAGAAAGCCGGCCUGACGUCUCAGGUUUCCACCACGGCCUCCUCCGCGCCUGUUGGGACGCCUGCUGAUGGUGUGGCUGUGGUAUCUUCUGGAGAUACGUCGCAGGGUAGCGGCACCUCUGCAGACGCCGGCGGCCAGGUUCCAGCCAGCGCCAGCUUGCCAUCUGUCCCCCAGCUCUCCCCUGUGACCCAGCACACGGCCCCCAGUAUGAGCAUCUCGGAGCGUCUGGAGCACGCUCUGGAGAAGACCGCCCCCCUGCUGAGGGAGAUCUUUGUGGACUUCGCCCCCUUCCUCUCCCGCACGCUGUUGGGCAGCCACGGGCAGGAGCUCCUCAUCGAGGGCACCAGCCUGGUGUGCAUGAAGUCCAGCAGUUCGGUGGUGGAGCUGGUCAUGCUUCUGUGUUCACAGGAAUGGCAGAAUUCCAUCCAGAAGAACGCAGGUCUGGCCUUUAUCGAGCUGGUCAACGAAGGCAGACUCCUGAGUCACACCAUGAAGGACCACCUGGUCCGCGUGGCCAACGAAGCAGAGUUCAUCCUCAGUCGGCAGAGGGCCGAAGACAUCCAUAAACAUGCCGAUUUUGAGUCCAACUGUGCUCAGUAUGCCGCCGAGAAGCGGGACGAGGAGAAAAUGUGCGACCACCUGAUCCGUGCCGCCAAGUACCGCGACCACGUGACGGCCACGCAGCUCAUCCAGAAGAUCGUCAACAUCCUGACCGACAAGCACGGAGCCUGGGGCAGCUCGUCCGUCAGCCGGCCGAGAGAGUUCUGGCGCCUGGACUACUGGGAGGACGACUUAAGGCGGCGACGCCGCUUCAUCAGGAACCCCUUCGGCUCCACCCACUCUGAGGCCACGCUGAAAGCCGCCGCCGAGCACGUGGCUGCUAUCAAUGCAUCAGAAGAAGACAUCCUGAAAGGACAGCAGUCCAUCAAGGGCGGUCAGCCUCUGGCCCAUCAGAACUCUGAGAGCGACGCCUCUCUCGACGGGGACGACGACACGCUGUCGUCUUUGGAGGAAAAAGACGUGGAGAAUUUUACGGGCCCGGUCAACCUGAGCACAGGGGCCCAGCUGGUGGCUCCGGCCGCGGUGGUGAAAGGAACCCUGUCAAUCACCGCCUCCGAGCUCUACUUCGAGGUGGACGAGGACGAGCCCGGCUUCAAGGCCAUCGACCCAAAGAUAUUGGCGUACACGGAAGGUCUGCACGGAAAAUGGCUGUUCACGGAGAUCAGGGCCGUCUUUUCCAGGCGGUACCUCCUGCAGAACACCGCCCUGGAGAUCUUCAUGGCCAACAGAACCGCCGUCAUGUUCAACUUCCCCGACGCCGCUGCCGUCAAGAAGGUGGUCCACAGUCUUCCUCGCGUCGGCGUCGGCACCAACUUUGGCCUGCCGCAGACCAGGCGUAUCUCUCUGGCCACACCAAAGCAGCUGUUCAAGGCCUCCAACAUGACUCAGCGUUGGCAACGCCGCGAAAUCUCCAACUUCGAGUACCUCAUCUUCCUCAACACCAUCUCUGGCCGGACCUUUAACGACCUCAACCAGUACCCGGUCUUCCCGUGGGUCAUCACCAACUACGAGGCGGCCGAACUUGAUCUGUCCUUGCCCAGCAACUUCAGAGAUCUGUCCAAGCCCAUCGGCGCACUGAACCCCAAGCGGGCCGCCUUCUUCUCCGACCGCUACGAGUCCUGGGACGACGACCAGGUGCCCAAGUUCCACUACGGCACCCACUACUCCACCUCCGGCUUCGCGCUCAUGUGGCUGCUGCGCAUGGAACCUUUCACAACGUUCUUCCUCAACUUCCAAGGAGGGAAGUUCGACCACGCCGAUCGCACCUUCUCUUCCGUGUCUCGAGCCUGGAGGAACUGCCAGAGAGACACGUCUGAUGUCAAGGUACAGUCCAACGUCUUGCGGUAAAGAAACCUACCAAGUCUGACGCUCAGAACCACGGUCUUGGUCGUUGCAUUAGGUUAGGUUGGGUUGGGUU